GGGAUUUUGGCACCUCUGCCCUCACUGGAACCCAGGAGCAACCGGAAGAAGCGCAGCAGUGCAGCGCUCAGCCUCUCGGAGAGGCGGACACAAUCUCUGCCUCUAAUUUUUCCCCUUUAAAAAAAAGAAGAAAAAAAACGUAGAAAUGAUUAGGUCUGUAUAGGAGGAAGCUUCAAACAUCGGACCGACGGCGCUUUUAAAACAACAUUUUAUAGAUAGUGAAGCUUUUCCACGUCAUUUUCUUGACCAGGGUCCACCUGUCCACGAUGGAAAACUGAUGGCCUUUCUAUCCCCGGAGGCUGGCCGUUCAUGGUGACAUUGCAGGAUGAAAAGAUGGCACAACUGUUUGUACCACCAGGUCCUGACAGCUUUCGUCCCUUUACUCGGGAGUCCCUCACAGCUAUUGAGAAACGGAUUGCCGAGGAGAAUGCCAAGAAACCAAAGGGAGAGAAGAAAAAACACAAAGGCGAGAAUAAGCCCAGACCUAACCGUGAUGUGGAGGCGGGCAAAUCCCUUCCUCUUCUCUAUGGGGACGUUCCUGCAGGCUUGGUCAUGGUUCCGCUGGAGGACCUGGACCCCUACUACGACAAUCAGAAAACAUUUGUGGUGUUAAACAAAGGAAAGUUCAUUUUUCGCUUCAAUGCUGAUCCUGCGUUGUACCUGCUGAGCCCCUUCAAUCUUCUUAGGAGAAUAUCAAUCAAGAUUCUGGUUCACUCAUUGUUCAGCGUGGUGAUCAUGUGCACUAUCCUCACCAACUGUGCAUUUAUGACUCGCUCUGAAUCCCCCAAGAUUGUAGAGUACGUAUUCACAGCAAUCUAUACAUUUGAAUCCCUUGUUAAGAUUCUAGCUCGAGGAUUCUGUAUAGGAGGGUUCACGUUUCUAAGAGAUCCCUGGAAUUGGCUGGAUUUCUGUGUCAUUGUCAUGGCGUAUGUCACCGAGUUUGUAGAGCUUGGAAAUUUUUCAGUUCUUCGUACAUUCAGAGUGCUCAGAGCUUUCAAAGCGAUUUCAGUUAUCCCAGGCCUGAAGACCAUCGUUGGUGCGUUGUUCCAGUCUGUGAAGAAGCUUGCCGAUGUUAUGAUCCUGACGGUCUUCUGCUUGAGCGUCUUCGCACUAGUAGGAUUACAGCUCUUUAUGGGACUUUUACAGAGUAAGUGCGUACUGAUGCCAAACACGACCUUAGGAUUUGGAGAAGAGUCCACGCCGAACGGAACGGAGAAGUUCAACUGGACAACAUACUUAAAGAACGAGGAUGUUUAUUAUCGCAUCCCAGGCCAUAAAGAUCCAUUGCUUUGUGGAAACAGCAGUGCAGCUGGGCAGUGUCCAGAAGGAUAUAGAUGCUUCAAAACCGGACGUAACCCAGACUAUGGUUACACGAGCUUUGACUCCUUUGGCUGGGCCUUUCUUUCCCUGUUUAGACUGAUGACACAGGAUUACUGGGAAAACCUUUACCAGCAGACUUUGCGAGUUGCUGGGAAGCCCUACAUGAUCUUCUUUGUCUUGGUGAUAUUCCUUGGCUCCUUCUACUUGAUCAACCUUAUUUUGGCCGUAGUGGCCAUGGCGUAUGAGGAGCAGAGUCAGGCCAACAUGAAGGAAGCCAAGGAGAAGGACGAAGAAUUUCAAGCCAUGCUCGAACAGCUCAAACGGCAGCAAGAGGAUGCACAGGCGAUAGUAGCUGCGACAGGGGGUGGGGAAGCCGGUGACAAAUGUGGCGGCACUGAGAGUUCAUCCGACACGUCUAAGCUGAGCUCUAAAAGUGCCAAAGAGAGACGCAACAGGAGAAGAAAAAGAAAGGAGGAGGAGGGAAAAGGGCCUCCAAAGAUCCCUAAAUCGGAUUCACUGGACAACAUACAGAGGGGUCACUGCCGCUUCCCUGUGGAUGCAAACCUGCUCAGCUAUGACAUGAAGUGCUCAUCUACGCACCAGUCCUUUCUGAGUUUUCGUGGACCCCUGCUCUCAUCCAGACGAAACAGCAAGACCAGCAUUUUCAGUUUCCGAAGCCAAAUCCAGGACGUGGGCUCAGAAAAUGAGUUUGCAGAUGACGAGAACAGCAUUUUUGAGGACAACCUGAGUCGAAGAGGAUCCCUGUUUCAUCCCCAGAGGAGUGAUCGACGGAGCAGCAGUAUGAGCCAGUGCAGCUUUUUUCCGCACCUCCUGCUCCAGCCCAAUGGUAUCAGGCACAGCUCUGUAGACUGCAAUGGAAUUGUGUCUCUCGUGGAUGGGAAUACUCUCCCACCAUCGUCACCUGCGGGCCUCCUUCGCCCUAAAGUGAUAGUAGAUAUGGCCUCCAAUGGAGACAAUGCGGAUACUGCUGACAUAGAGUACCGACAAGAUGGUGGAGAGUUUAUGGAUUUCCUUGAAGAGCCACAAGUCAGACAGAGAGCACAAAGUAUAGCAAGUGUCAUAACUAGCACCAUGGAGGAGCUUGAAGAGUCAAGACAAAAGUGUCCUCCUUGCUGGAACAGUUUUGCCCAAACCUUCCUCAUCUGGAAGUGUUGUCCAGGAUGGCUGAAGAUCAAAAAAGGGAUUAAAUUAAUUGUCAUGGACCCGUUCACAGAUCUAACCAUUACUAUCUGCAUCGUACUCAAUACAUUAUUUAUGGCCAUGGAGCAUUAUCCAAUGGAGCCAUGGUUCUCCGACAUGCUCACUGUGGGCAAUGUGGUAUUCACUGGCAUUUUCACUGCCGAAAUGGCCCUGAAGAUCAUUGCAUUGGAUCCUUACUAUUACUUUCAAGAGGGGUGGAAUAUUUUUGAUGGCAUCAUUGUCACAUUAAGCUUGGUAGAGCUGAGCUUGAAAGACGUGCGUGGCAUGUCUGUUUUGAGAUCAUUCAGGCUGCUGAGAGUGUUCAAGUUGGCUAAAUCUUGGCCCACUCUUAAUACACUCAUCAAAAUAAUUGGUAAUUCAGUGGGAGCUUUGGGCAACCUGACCCUGGUGCUGGCCAUUAUUGUCUUCAUCUUUGCUGUGGUGGGCAUGCAGCUAUUUGGAAAAAAAUACGAGGAGUGUGUGUGUAAAAUCUCUGCAGACUGCGAACUGCCUCGUUGGCACAUGAAAGACUUCUUCCAUUCAUUCCUCAUUGUGUUUCGAGUGCUUUGUGGAGAAUGGAUAGAGACGAUGUGGGAUUGUAUGCAAGUGGCUGGGACCACCAAGUGCCUCAUCCUCUACAUGAUGGUCAUGGUUAUUGGGAAUCUUGUGGUGCUGAACUUGUUCCUGGCCCUGUUGCUGAGUUCUUUCAGUGCAGACAACCUGGCGGCAAUAGACGAUGACAGCGACACGAACAAUUUACAGAUUGCAAUUGGACGGAUUCACAGAGGCAUUGCCGUCACCAAGUCUGUGCUUCGAAGUGGCUGCAACAGGAUAUUUCACAGAGGUGAAAAGAAAAGGAAGUCAGAGGACAAACCCGUGGAAGAAUUCCUUAAAGUUUUUGGGACAAAUGGUGUUCCCAACCACACUAUCAAAGAGUUUCCUAGGAAUAGCAAUGGAGAUGUGACUGGAGUGGACAAAAGUGGAGAUAAGUACAUAGUCAACAGCAAGAGCGAUGAUUCAAUUAUGUCUUUCAUCAACAAUCCCAGUCUGACUAUUACAGUUCCUAUUGCUGCGGGAGAGUCUGAUUUUGAAAUGCUCAACACUGAGGACUUCAGCAGUGCCUCUUCUGAAGUACAAGGAUGCCAUGUGAUCAUAGAAGAUGAUGAGGAGCUCAGCUCUUCUGAGGGCAGCACAGUAGAUGGUCUGCCAGCUGGACAGGGAAUAGAUAUUAUGGAGUUUGAAAUAGAAGAAGCUAUGGAUCCUGAUGCCUGCUUCCCUCCAGGCUGCGUGCAGAAGUUCAAGUGUUGUCAAGUGAAUGUGGAUGUGGGAUGGUGGAGGGUGUGGUGGACACUAAGAAAAACCUGCUUCAGGAUAGUGGAGCACAACUGGUUUGAGAGUUUCAUCAUCUUCAUGAUCCUACUCAGCAGUGGAGCGCUUGCUUUUGAGGACGUCUACAUUGAGCAGAGGAAGACAAUUAAAACCAUCUUGGAGUUUGCAGACAAAAUCUUCACCUAUAUCUUCAUCCUGGAGAUGCUCCUGAAAUGGGUUGCGUAUGGAUUUGCGAAGUACUUCACGAACGCCUGGUGCUGGUUGGACUUCCUGAUAGUUGACGUCUCUCUGGUCAGUCUGACGGCAAACGCUUUAGGGUAUUCGGACCUCGGCGCGAUCAAGUCUCUGAGAACACUGAGAGCUCUUAGGCCCCUGAGAGCCCUGUCACGAUUCGAGGGAAUGAGGGUGGUGGUCAACGCCUUGCUGGGAGCCAUACCCUCCAUCUUCAAUGUGCUGCUGGUGUGUCUCAUCUUCUGGCUCAUCUUCAGCAUCAUGGGAGUCAACUUAUUUGCUGGGAAGUUCUACAGUUGUGUCAACAGAACCACAGAUAAGCCUUUCCUUCCAAUAGAAGUGAAAAAUAAGAAUGAUUGUACAAACCUGGGAGAAGAAGUCGCUCGCUGGAAGAAUGUCAAAGUCAACUUUGACAAUGUUGGAAUGGGUUACCUCGCACUGCUGCAAGUGGCUACAUUCAAAGGCUGGAUGGACAUCAUGUAUGCUGCUGUGGACUCUCGAAGCAAGACGGGAGAACAACCAUCAUAUGAAAUCAACUUAAAGAUGUACACAUAUUUUGUUGUUUUCAUUAUAUUUGGAGCCUUUUUCACCCUUAACCUCUUCAUUGGUGUCAUUAUAGACAAUUUCAACCAGCAGAAGAAAAAGUUUGGAGGUCAAGACAUCUUCAUGACUGAAGACCAAAAGAAAUAUUACAAUGCCAUGAAGAAGCUGGGGUCAAAGAAACCACAAAAACCAAUUCCACGGCCAUCAAACAAGAUUCAGGGAUACAUCUUUGACUUCACCACCAAACAAGCAUUUGACAUUGUGAUUAUGGUUCUUAUAUGGCUUAAUAUGGUAACCAUGAUGGUGGAAACUGCUGAGCAGUCGGACGAAAAGGCUGUCGUCCUCCGCAAGAUAAAUAUAGUGUUUAUCGUCAUCUUUGCUGGAGAAUGUUUGCUGAAGAUGAUCUCACUUCGCCAGUACUUUUUCAUGAAUGGCUGGAAUAUAUUUGACCUCAUUGUAGUCAUCCUGUCAAUCAUCGGUCUUGUUCUCGCAGAUGUUAUCCAGAAGUAUUUUGUCUCACCAACGCUGUUCAGAGUCAUUCGAUUGGCUCGGAUUGGCCGCGUCCUCCGCCUUAUUAAAAGUGCCAAAGGAAUCCGCACGCUCUUGUUUGCCUUGAUGAUGUCACUUCCUGCCUUGUUCAACAUUGGCCUCUUGCUCUUCUUGGUGAUGUUCAUCUAUGCCAUCUUUGGCAUGACAAACUUUGCCUAUGUCAAGAGGGAGAGAGGGAUUGAUGACCUCUUCAAUUUUGAGACAUUCGGCAACAGCAUGAUCUGUUUGUUUCAGAUCACGACAUCUGGAGGGUGGGACGGCCUUCUUGCUCCAAUUCUCAAUAAAAACAAAGAUGAUUGUGACCCUAAAAUGGAGCACCCCGGAAGUUUUGUUAAAGGAAACUGUGGAAAUCCUGCAGUUGGAAUUGCCUUCUUUGUGAGUUACAUCAUCAUCUGCUUCCUCAUUGUGAUCAACAUGUACAUUGCCGUCAUCCUGGAGAACUUUGGCGUGGCCACUGAGGAGAGCGCUGACCCGUUAAGCGAGGAUGACUUUGAGAUGUUUUACCAGGUGUGGGAAAGGUUUGAUCCCCUUGCGACGCAGUUUAUAAAGUUCAGUAUGCUUUCAGACUUUGCAGAUAAUCUGAGCGCACCUUUACGUGUUGCCAAACCUAACAAGAUCGAACUGAUCUCGAUGGAUCUACCAAUUGUCAGUGGUGGCCGCAUUCACUGUCUGGAUAUCCUGUUUGCCUUCACGAAGCGCGUUCUAGGUGAGGGUGGGGAGAUGGACAUUUUGAGGGGGCAGAUGGAGGAGCGCUUCAUGGCCUCGAAUCCUUCCAAAGUGUCAUAUGAACCCAUCACUACCACCCUUCGCCACAAACAGGAGGAUAUUUCUGCCCUCGUCAUUCAGAGAGCAUACAGACAAUAUACUAUGAGGAGUAGACUCUCUGACAUAUUGGAUCUUGAAGCUAGAAAGGACGAAGAGCUUGCUGACAAAGAAGACAUUCCCACAGACAAACAUAUUUCUAGUUCUGAUAAAACCGAACAGACUCCUCUGAUGGACGAGUCUUCGUCUAAUUGUGUAACGACAAAUGGAAAAAACAAAUAUGAAAACGACAGAAGUGAAAAGGAGGUUGUGGGCAAAGAUGUCAAAGAAGAAGAUCUAUAGAAGAACGCCGGAGGUGGAAGAAACUUUUUAACUAAUGACAAAAUGUUUACAAUUUUGAAAGUGACCGUCGACCUCAGUGCGGAUGACCACUAUGCCACAAAAACUGUGCUUAUUUGAGUUCGGCAUCUAAACGUGGCUCAUUCAGGCUGUAAAGAAACCGUUGUGGAAGAUUUGAGGAGGUUCAGUGCUUUAAGGUGUUUGCAGAAAUUUGCAGCGUUAGUUAAAGUGCUCUGAAAGACACAUAGUUAAUGUUUUAACUCCUACUGCAGUUAGUUCUGCUAUCCAGUGUCUUGAAAUAUUGUUAUAUCACACUCACUACUGAAUUAUUAACAGGUUGUUGUUUUUUUGUUGUUUUUUUUCAAGCAUAAAAGUGUUAUUAAAGCAUUUAUUGCUUGGUCAACUGACUUUUUAUAAUUCUUUUUUUUUUUUUUAUCUUUGUGUCGUCACCUCAGGUACAAUAUUUUCAAUGAACGCACAGCUGUAUGACUGGUCUUGUUCACUGCUUAAGAGCGUUUAACAUAGUCAAAAGCCAUCAUCAGAGUUUGAGUUGUUUAGAAAAUCAGACCUGCAUGAAUGGUCCUCCAUGGUUAUGCAUGACAAAAAAAAAGUUGUUUUCACCAUGCUCUUUCCCAAGCAAUCAUGUUCUACAUUGCAAAAGUUUAUCGUCACCUUUUCUUUCUUUUUUUUGUUUGUUUGUUUGUUUGUUUUUUUGGACAUGGCAAAAACAUAAUCUUAGUCAAAUGAAUGAAGUGUGCUGAUUAUAUGUGCUCAUCAGUGCAUAAGCAGUAGCUCUUUAUUUGAUCAUCAAAAGCAUUUACAUAAGCCAUCUGAGUCUCCACUACUAAUGAUGUUAAUUAUGUACCAGUUUUAUUAUAAAACCUUUUUGUAAGAGGUUAUCGCCCCAAACAAACGCAGCAUUGGACGGUGUGUAACUCACCUGGUUGAGCAGGUGCCCUCCGUCUCGGCCCCAAGCCGCCUAUCUGCUCUCUCUCUCUUCCUCUGCCCCCAUCUCCUUUUGAAUUUCUGUCAAUAAAAGUCACUGGAGGCACCGAAUCUGUAAGGAGAAAAUGAAUAUGGCCUUUAAUAUUAUCCAUUUGUAGAAUAGCAACCUGAGAGUUUUUGACUUUUCCCAAAUCCGAGCUUUGUUGUGUAAACUUUUUCUUUAUGUCCUUUUGUUUUCUGUCUCGAUGGGCCAUAUUCUCUAAUGAUUAUACAAUAAUUUGAUAUGAAAGGAUUCAUGUAUAUUACCUGUGAUGUAAAACUGCAUAUAGUCUGUAUCUUUUGUUGUAUUUCAGAGGAGAUAUAGAUAUGUUAUAAUGAUGUUUGUUUCAUGUUUGUUUGUUUUUUUAAAGGAAAAAAUCAGAAGUAUGUGCUAUGGGGUUGGUAGUGUAUGUGCUUAUACACUUUUUCGCAGUUUACCUUUCAGUCUUUAUCACGGCAAAUAUCGAAGAUGGAUGAAAGAUGGCUCAGGAUAUUUUGAAUGAUCUCAAGGAAAUGGGCUCUUGCUAUUUCCUGUUUAUGUUUACAUUUUAUAUUACUGCUUUGUACAACAGCCACUUUAAACUAUCACAGAUACAUCUGUGGUCUUCUGCUAUAUAAGUAUAAUUCCAUUGAUGUAAUUACAUUUUAGCAUGUCAUUCAAAUAUGCUACACUUUAUGCACAGUCAAGAAUGUUUUUAUGACAUAGACGUAAACAUCUCUAUUAUUUAUAUGCAUAAUAUGUGUAGUGUAUAAAUAAAUAAACUGCAUGCAAAAUA